AUGCUGAACAUCUUUGUCCGCUGCUGUGCAGUGCUGGCUACUUUGGCCUAUGCACUUCACGCUCUUGCUCUCCCCGGAGCAAGCACUGAGCUCGUCACUCGCCAGGACACGAACAAAUAUGUCACCGCGCACUUUAUGGUCGGUAUAGUCGAGCACUACACUCUCGACGACUGGAAAGAGGACAUGGAACUCGCCAAGGAAAUCGGCAUCGACGCCUUUGCCCUCAACUGCGCCAGCAUCGACAAGUAUACCGACCCGCAACUCGCCCUCGCCUACGAGGCCGCCGAGGCCGUCAACUUCAAGGUCUUCAUCUCCUUUGACUUUGCCUACUGGUCCAACGGCGACUCCCCGCGAAUCACCUCCAUCAUGCAAAAGUACGCCAACCACCCGGGUCAGUUCCAGUAUAAUGGAGCAGCGCUGGUGAGCACGUUUGUCGGCGAUAGCUUCAAUUGGACUCCUGUCAAGAGCGCCGUGCAGCAUCCGCUCUUUGCCGUCCCCAUGAUUCAGGAUCCGGCGUGGUCGGGGACCGCGAACACGGGCAUUGACGGCGCGUUCUCGUGGUAUGCUUGGCCGACGGAUGGAGGGAAUAGUAUCAUUCCUGGGCCGAUGACGACGGUUUGGGAUGAUAGAUAUCUCAAGAGCUUGGGCAAUAAGGCGUAUAUGGCUCCUGUUUCUCCUUGGUUCUCGACACACUUCAACACCAAGAACUGGGUCUUCAUCUGCGAGGAACAGAUUACCAUUCGCUGGCAGCAGAUGCUCGAAAUGCAGCCGGAGCUGAUUGAGAUCAUCUCCUGGAACGACUACGGCGAAUCGCACUACAUCGGCCCCUACUCCUCCGCCCACUCCGACGACGGCUCCGCCCAAUGGACAAAGGACUUCCCGCACGACGCCUGGCGCAUAAUCUCAAAGCCCUACAUCGCCGCCUACAAAGCCGGCUCCCACCAACCGGUCGUCGACUACGAGCAGCUCGUCUACUGGUACAGACCAACCCCCAAGGAGGUGACAUGCACCCAGGACCCCCUCGGUAAGCCGAGCGGAUACCAGAUGCUCUCGGAUAGUAUCUUUGUGACUACACUGCUGACGGAGCCGGCGACGCUGACUGUUUGGAGUGGGAAUCGGGAGGCGGUUUCGGUGGAGGUUGGUGCGGGGAUUGUUACUAGUCGGGUUCCUAUGGGGGUCGGUGUUCAGUAUUUUGAGGUUAGUAGGAAUGGGUAUACGUUUAUUUGGGGAGAGGGUGGGAUGGAUGUGGUGGAUCAUUGUGAUUAUUAUAAUUACAAUGUUUAUGUAGGCUCUCUCUAG